AUGCAUGAGCAGCCACACAGAACAUACAAGGUUGUUAGGGAAUGGACGUCUUUCUUUCAGGUUUCACUGCCACAUUACACUUCAACGAAGUUUCUAACGGAAGCUGUCAAGCGAUAUAUCCAAUUCCUUCUCCUUAAACAAACCUAUUCGGAUCAAUUUCUGACACCUUGCUAUGACUUCGACAUUGUGUGGCAUACCCAUCAGGUGCACCCAUUGAACUACCUCCGUGAUUGCACAGCAAUAUUCGGCUCAUUGCUGAAACAUGACGACACCGUAAAUGACCGCACUAAAGGAAGUAAGCUGCUGAAAGGCGAGGCGUUAACGAAGAAACUGUGGGCGACUCAUUUCGAGGAACCAUUCUGGAGGCGAGGAUGUAUGUUCAGAGGACAUAAUGCACCGGCAUUCCUUGGAUUUGAAAACCAGGAUCUAUCCAAUAUCGCCUACGGGGAUGUCCAUGUGCCUUCGAUAGCCUUGAAAGAUAUUCCAGUUCAACGUGAACAAUUAAGGUUGAAACUUAGCUACGGUAAUAAAAAAGUGACGACAUUCAAUGCGGAUUUAUCGCAAAAACAGGUUACAAAAUCGGGAUUCUCCUUAGUAUGGCAACCGACGGACGCCUCAACGUCGGCAUCAAUCGUCAAAUUCCCGUUUGAGCGACGGGCGUCGAAGGACCUGCUUAUCGAAUUGGAAGUCUUUGACAAGAUGUUCUUGCAGCGGAAAGAUGUUAUUCGAUUAGUUGGAAGAGUAUCACUCGAUCAGCUUCUGCCUCCUACUAAUUCAAAAUCAGCUCAUAAUGUGGCCGAGGUGUGUCUUCGGUCAAGGGAUACUGAAAAUGAAAUGACUGCGAGAGUAAACGUUACUAUAAGUGUUACAUUGAGUCGCGAGCUACAACUCAUUGCUGGUGACUUCAUGGAGCAUCAAGUACAAUCCGAUUCACACCUCUCCUACCUCUGCCAAUGUGCCGCUCUAAAUCGUGGCGCUCUUACACCAACAACUACUGUACACAUUGCCACACAUAGUGUGGUCGACACUCGUGAUGGAGCAAAGUAUACAGUGCAGGUUGUCCAUUCAGCCGCCUUGCUCCUUUCGAUGAUUUUGGUCUAUGGACGGGAGCAACGACUGUUGGCCAUGGCACAUCUGAUAGGGGCUGACUCGCUGCCCAGUCGAGAUCAGCUCGACAACAACUUGGUAAUAAGUUCAUAA